AUGUCUUCUUACGCUAACAAUCGUGGUGGGGCUAAACCUAUUCAAAGCAAAGCUUAUACUGGCCACAUUAGAUCGAUCAUAAAUAAAAACAGACCUUAGAUAGAUGAGGAGCAACUUGAAGAACUUAAGGAGGCUUUCCAUCUCUUUGACACUAAUCAUUCUGGUUCUAUUGAUGCAAGAGAAUUCAAAGCAGCAAUGAGAGCACUUGGACAUGACUUUAAAAAGUCUGAUGUUGUUUAAUGUUUUUAAGAGGUGGAUAAGGAUGUUUCUGGUAGUCUUAACUUUGACGAAUUUAUUAGAAUAGUUCAACCAAGAUUAAGAGACAGAAAUUCCAGAGAAGAGAUUCAUAAAAUAUUCAAACUUUUCGAUGAAGAUAGUACUGGUAGAAUUUCCUUCAAAAAUUUGAAAAAAAUCUCUAACGAAAUUGGAGAAUCCCUAAAUGAUGAUGAACUUCAUGAGAUGAUUUAGGAAGCUGACAGAACUGGAGAUGGUUUAAUAACAUUUGAAGACUUUUAUAGAGUUAUGAGGAAAAAAUGUGAUGAUCCUCUUGGAGAAUUUGAUUCUGAUGAAGAUGAUGAUUAUUGA